CAAAAAAAAAGCCCUAAAGGAAUCACCGUUAUGGCGGCGGCGGUUGCAUCUGGAAUUGCACCAACGGCGAUGGUUGAUCAAGUCCCUCAUCAACCACCGGUUACGGUUGCUUCUCCUCACUCGACUCCGUUCCCGGCUGUGACUCAGGUAGCCGCCGCGGCUGCAGCGGCUGCGGCUGCAGAGGCGUUGCAAGCGCACCCAAACUCGUCGCUUUACGUCGGAGAUCUCGACCAAAGUGUCAAUGAGGCACAUCUAUUGGAUCUGUUCAAUCAAGUGGCUCCAGUCCAGACAGUUAGGGUUUGUCGGGACUUGACUCGCCGAUCUCUUGGUUACGCUUACGUCAAUUUCGCUAAUCCUGAUGAUGCGAUGCGAGCGAUGGAUAACCUGAACUACACUCCGAUAAGAGACAGACCCAUCAGGAUCAUGCUCUCGAACCGUGAUCCGAGCACGAGACUGAGCGGAAAAGGCAAUGUUUUUAUCAAAAACCUCGACGCGUCGAUUGAUAACAAAGCCCUGUUUGAUACAUUCUCGAGUUUCGGGACUAUCCUCUCUUGCAAGGUAGCCAUGGACGUGGCGGGAAGGUCUAAAGGUUAUGGCUUUGUCCAGUUUGAGAAAGAGGAAACCGCUCAGGCUGCUAUUGACAAGCUUAAUGGGUUGUUGCUUAACGACAAGCAAGUCUUUGUGGGCCACUUUGUCCGUCGUCAGGACCGUUCUCGCGGCGAGAGCCGUACGGUGCCGCGUUUCACAAACGUUUACGUCAAGAAUCUCCCUAAAGAGAUCACUGACGAUGAGCUCAAGAAGACGUUUGGGAAGUAUGGAGAUAUCUCAAGUGCGGUUGUGAUGAAAGAUCAGAGUGGGAACUCGAGGUGUUUUGGUUUUGUGAAUUUCGAGUCUCCUGAAGCUGCUGCGGUUGCGGUUGAGAAGAUGAACGGGAUUAGCCUGGGGGAGGAUGUGUUGUACGUUGGGAGGGCUCAGAAGAAGUCUGAGAGGGAAGAAGAGCUGAGGCGGAAGUUUGAGCAAGAGAGGAUAAGCAGGUUUGAGAAACUUCAAGGGUCGAAUCUGUAUUUGAAAAACCUUGAUGAUAGUGUGAAUGAUGAGAAGCUCAAGGAGAUGUUUUCUGAGUAUGGGAACGUGACCUCGUGCAAGGUUAUGAUGAACUCACAAGGUUUGAGCAGAGGGUUUGGUUUUGUUGCUUAUUCUAAUCCUGAAGAAGCUUCAAGAGCCUUGAAUGAAAUGAAUGGUAAGAUGAUAGGAAGGAAGCCUCUUUACAUUGCGUUGGCUCAACGCAAGGAAGAGAGAAGAAAUCACCUUCAGAACCUGUUCUCUCACAUGAGACCAGGUGGGGCAGUUUCGCCAAUGCCAUCAGCAAUGCCUGGGUUGCACCAUCACCCACCUGGUGGUCCAAUUACUGGACCAAUCCACCCAAUGUACAUUGGCCAGAACGGUCAAGGUAUGGUACCUUCACAGCCUAUGGGGUAUGGGUACCAACUUCAGUUCAUGCCUGGUGUGCGUCCAGGUGCUGGUCCAGCCAACUUCAUGAUGCCAUACCCUCUUCAGAGGCAAAACCAGCCUGGUCCUCGCGUUGGGUUCAGGCGUGGUGCUACUAACAUGCAGCAGCAGUUCCAGCAACAACAAAUGAUGCAAAAUGCAAGCUCGGGAAUGAGAUUCACGGGAGGUGCUGGUAAUAUGAGGAAUGGAAUGGAUGCAUCUGCUCCACAGAGCAUCAUGCCUAUGCCAUUGGAUGCAUCUGCAAUCUCUCACAAUGCUUCUCAACACCCACACAAGCCUCCACUCCUCCCAAUAUCUAAGCUCACCUCUGCCUUGGCUCUGGCUAACCCCGCAAAUCACCCACAGAUGCUUGGGGAGCAGCUUUACCCACUUGUGGACAAGCAUGAGCCAGUUCAUGCGGCUAAAGUGACUGGGAUGUUGCUGGAGAUGGACCAAGCCGAGAUCUUGCACCUUCUCGAGUCACCUGAAGCUCUUAAGGCUAAAGUGUCUGAGGCUUUGGAAGUUCUCAGGGUCUCUGCUAAUCCACCACCAGCUGUGUCUUCCGUUGAUGACCAGUUCGCUAUCAACCCAACCGAGUGAAAACUCAUUUUUUUACUCAAGACAAUAUUUUAUUCUGGCUUUCUUAGACAGUCUCUUUUAAACAUUUAGGAUCUCUUUAAACUAUCUUCUUUUCCUUUGCAACUUAAAUUUGUUUUGAGUUCUACUCUUAGCAUUUCUCUAGUUUUCUUAUCAAACUGUUACUCUUAGCACCUUAUCUAGUUUUUGUUAUGAAUCUAUCCACUGAGAUAAUUGGUUUGCACUUUCUCUAAAUUUCUUUUAGCA